AUGGUAGUGGUGAAAGGUGCAGCGUCUGACCCUCAACAUCAGAGGGGCUCACCCGAAUCAAAGAACAGGUCCCGGACCUCGUCGCUCUUCGGCAAUGCUGGCUUUUGGAUAGCAACUCAAGUUUUUGCUGUUGUCAGUGUCGUGGUAUAUACAUAUCACUACGAUGGAGCGGGCAUCGACAGGAAGUCAGUCGCCUCAAUCAGUAAACUAUCGCUGCCUCCCCAAUCUGUGCUUGUGGACCCCCUUUUAUUCGCUGUUGUAGGCAAUGACGGGCGCUUUCGGGAAAAUUCCUUUAAGACACACUUCAGUCCGACAAGUAGCACGCCGCCGUUCUUCCAAAUAUUUGACCCUGCGUUCCUCUCAAUAUUGGGACCUGCCCCGUCAAUCCGGGCCAUAGCUUCCAACCCAGGCUUUGCAUUUGCACACGAAGCUCCGAUUUGGGUACCCGAAACAGACGAAGUCUUCUUCUCGAGCAACGACGGAGGACCCCUCGGUUUCAGCGACAUUGAUCACAACAACGAGGUGGCAAAAAUUCAUCUGAACGACGUCUUUGACGCCUUUGCUGCAUCUGGUAGCACCACUUCCCCAGUCAAUGUAUCUGCGACCAGGGUCGAUCUGCCGGACUCCGUGCAGAUGACGAACGGCGGAACGGGUCCAUUUCGAUCCGCGCUCCUCCUGAUCAGCUCGGGAAGAGGCCCGUUGCCUCCAUCCUUGGCAAUCGUCAACCCUUCCUACCCGUACAAUGCCACCGUCAUCCUCGACAACUACUACGGCAGACAGUUCAAUUCGCUCAAUGACGUGAAGAUCCAUCCGAAAAGCGGGAACAUCUUCUUCACCGAUGUCACGUACGGGUUCUUGAACCACUUCCGCCCGAACCCACUCAUGCCCAACCAUGUGUAUCGCUUCAAUCCCAACACCGGUUCUGUGCGAGUUGUUGCAGAUGGCUUUGACAGGCCUAAUGGGCUGGCAUUCUCUGCGGAUGGAAGGAAGGCUUACAUCGCAGACAGCGGUGCUGCACGUGGAUUCCUGGGUCCCAAUCAGACGGAGCCCGCUACUGUCUAUGUCUUCGAUGUCGAACGCGGCAUCGAACGAUUCCACAACCGCCGAGUGUUCGCAUAUGUCGACACGGGCGUCCCAGACGGCGUGCAGGUAGACAAGAGCGGCAACGUGUACGCGGCGUGCUCGGACGGCGUACAUGUGUGGAACGAGGAGGGAAUGCUGCUCGGAAAAUUCUUCUUGGGGACCGCUUCCGCGAACAUAGCAUUCGCGGGGAAGGGCAGGUUGGUGAUUCUCGCGGAGACGGAAAUAUUCUUGGCACAGAUUGCGGCGGACGGUGUAGAUGUGUCUUUCGCGUGA